UCCUGCAGCGACACACGCUUUGGGCUUAUAGCGCCGCGUCAGUUGUGUGGCUGACCUGUUAUGUUUACCAUUGAACGUAUCGACGAUUUAAGCGGAUCGUUUAACCCGCUGCACGAGGCGGCGUCGACGGCUACGAAGUAGGGGAACGGAACUCGAAUCAAAUAUUCUCCGGCUGGGAAAUUGUUGACCUUGUCUCAUACUUGAAAAUAUUUGUUAAAUUUCUGACUGUUAAGUCUAUUAAGAAACAUACAGUUUUCUCGUUGAACCGAAUGGAAGUUUGUAACAUUAACUUAUAAGAGAGUUUACGGAUCGAAGAGAGAGAGAUAGAGAGAGAGAGAGAUUAUAAUUCUCGGUGAUACCAUUGUACCACUGGCUAUACGCAUUUAGGAAGGGCAGGGAUAGGUGACAAAUACGUGGAGUACGAGGUGGAUGAUAGACAGGAACGAUGUUCAAGUGCUGCGUGUGUCAGACGUCGAAGAGGGCGAGUACUGAGAGAUCAGACGCGGAUGACACGCCGGUCGGGUCACCCAAACUGACCGCGGGUUCCUUCGAAGUGGACGAUGAGAUUGAAUCCACGGUGAAGGUGGACCAGUUGAAUGGCAACUUGCAGAAAUCGGGGGAGACGUCUCCGGUAGAGGAUAAGGAUGCCUCGCUGGAGGAUAAGGAUGCCUUGCCAGAGGAUAAGGAUGCCUCGUCACAAAAGAAUAAAUAUGCCUCGCCAGAGAGAAAGAUUGCCUCGCCUGCAGAGGAUAAGGAUGCCUCGCUAGAAGAUAAGGAUGCCUUGCCAGAGGAUAAGGAUGCCUCGCCACAAAAGAAUGCCUCGCUAGAGGACGAGGACGCCUCGCCAGAGAAGCAUGUCUCGCUAGAGACUAAGGAUGCCUCGUCAGAAGAUAAAGAUGCCUCGCCAGAGGAGAAGGAUGCCUCGCUAGAGGAGAAGGGUGCCUCGCUAGAGGAUAAGGAUGCCUCACUAGAGGAUAAGGAUGCCUCGAUAAAAGAGAAGGAUGUCUUGCUAGAAGAUAAGGAUGUCUCGCUAGAGGAUAAGGACGUCUGGCUAGAGGAUAAAGAUGUCUCGUCAGAGAAUAAGGAUGUCUCGCUCCAGGAUAAUAUUGCCUCGCUCCAGGAUAAGAUUGCCUCGUUAGAGGAUACGAAUGUCUGGCUAGAGGAUGAGGAUGCCACGCUAGAGGAUAAAAAUGCUUGGCUAGAGAACGAGGAUGCCUUGAUAGAGAUGCUCGGUAAAGAUGCUUUGCCAAAGGACAGAGAUGCCCCGCUAGUUUUCACCCCACCAGUAAUUCGCGCCAGUUUCAUGAUGAGGAGCUCGUGCGUAGUUUCGCAGAACGGGAGCACCGACAUCGAGGAGAGCUCGAGCUCGACCUCGACGAAGGAAACGGUUGAGGAAGCCGGCGAAGAAACCGGCGAUCGGAUUGUCGAUGACAAGGACAACAUCAACAUCCUCGACGGCGUCGCCGCCGAAGAUUGGACGGAGGACGUCGACUCCACUGGUGCUGUUGGUCCCGUGAAAAUGAAUCUUUACGACGCGUCGGGAUAUAUAGAAAGGACGAUCGAUGACGGGCCGGAGGAGGAAGGCGACGACUCGGUAUUCGAAGGCUAUCCAAGCGAAAACGAGAUUAAGAAGGCGCCACCAGUUCCACGUUGGCUGUCGGAGGAAGACGACGGCGAAUACGUCUCGGGUGGAUGCAGCGGCAUGCAGGAACCGCCGGCGACGCCCGUCGCCCGCGACGAGUUAGCUUUAAGGCGGCACAGAUUCUUCUCCGAUCUGUUGCAAGCUGCGCAGAAUUCGACGGAGCACCGAGUGAGAUUCGACCCGCUAGGACCGAUGGUGCACACCGGUUGUGAGAGCAACGAAAAGGAAGAACAUCUGGAAGAAUUGGUGAACCGAUUGGAAAACGUAACAAAGCGACUCGAAAACGUACACUUUGUCGUGAAGACGCAAGACACCGCUGUACAAACGAGCACACCUUCCCCGAACAGGUCUACGUCAGGAAGUAGUUUAUCCCCUCGUUUAUCUCCAUUGUCGAGGCAAGAAAUUAUUCCGAGUCCACCUGCAAACAUGUCGGUCGCCGGAUACGAGGACUUUUUGGCUGGGCCAGUUAAGGAAUACUUAAAAUUAAGUCAGAAAAUUGGCGGCGAUGUGGCUGUGCAUAGCAAGCUCGUGGAGAAGGCUUUUCAAAUUCAGCUUCAGUUUGUACAAAUGGCGGCGAGCCGGGCCGCGCCGGCGAAUCAGUCCGAACAAGUGUCUCUGUUUGCGCCCAUGUCGCAACAGAUACAGCAGAUUCAAGAGUUUCGCGAGAAGAAUCGUGGAUCUCCGUUCUUCAAUCACUUGUCGGCAAUUAGUGAAAGUAUCCCAGCUUUGGGGUGGGUCGCCGUGUCGCCUACGCCUGCUCCCUACGUAAAGGAAAUGAAUGACGCCGGGCAAUUUUACACCAAUCGUGUGCUGAAAGAUUGGAAGGAAAAAAACAAAAUACACAUAGACUGGUGUAAAGCGUGGGUGCAAACGUUGACCGACUUGCAGCAGUACGUUCGUCAACAUCAUACGACGGGCUUAGUGUGGGGAAAAACUGCCGCACCUGCGGGCGCGUGCGGUAUACCACCCCCUCCGCCGCCCUCGAUGCCAAUCGGUGAUAUCGCACCGCUAUUGAAUGACGACAGAAGCGCCCUUUUCGCUCAGAUUAAUCAAGGGGAAGACAUCACGAAAAGUUUGAAAAAAGUCACCUCAGACAUGCAGACGCAUAAAAAUCCUGGCUUGAGAUCCGGGCCGGCACCGUUUAAAGCGCCGACGGUCAACGCGGCACUGAUGAAAACCGUGUUGCCGGCGAAUGCGCCUAUUGACAAACCACCCGUAUUUACCAGAGAUGGCAAAAAAUGGCUUGUGGAGUAUCACAAGGGUGAGAAUUUAGUAAUCGAUAACGUAGAGAUGAAUAAUGUGAUUUACAUGUUCCGGUGUCAGGAUAGCACACUUACUGUCAAAGGCAAAGUGAAUUCCGUCGUCAUGGAUUCCUGUCGCAAAUCAUCCGUUGUAUUCGAUUCUGUCGUGGCCAGUGUCGAAUUCGUCAACUGUCAAAGCGUACAAAUGCAGGUUCUCGGGAAGGUACCCACUAUUUCCAUCGACAAGACGGACGGUUGCCAAAUGUAUUUAAGUACGGAUUCCCUGGGCGUUGAACUCAUCACCAGCAAAUCUAGCGAAAUGAAUGUCAUGGUGCCCAAACCCAAUGGAGAUUAUAGCGAAUAUCCGGUACCGGAGCAAUUUAAGACUACUAUUAGCCAGAACGGUCUUAGUACCAUGGCCGUUGAUUCCCUUGGCUAAAAGCACGAGGAAUUUAUUUAUAUGCAUAGCCUACGCAUCUUCUUAACAAUAUAAUUAAAGGUAUGAUCGUCGAAGAUAUUAUCAGUUUAUUAAUAUCAUUAUUUAUUAUCUUCUGCGGAUAAUCUGUGCGGGAGUUAAAGAAAAUAACAGAUUUAGUAUUGCAUAUCUCGCUUACGUAACGGAUUGGCUUCGAUCAUAUGUGUUAUUAUGUUUCCCGAACGUGUAAUAAGUUGUAUACAUCGACGAGAUGCAUUUGAUAAUUGGCGGUAUUCAUGAAAAUCGUUUGAAAAGCUUCCUGUUGUUUGAGGAUCGCGGUUAAAUUGUCAAAAUGUCAGGCUAACGCGAGUUAUAUCGAAUCACUGAAUUGGGAAUAUCUUGAAUCAAGAUAAUCAACUUUUGCAAAAUGCUGAACUCCUUUAACGAUUGUAAUAUAUCUAGCGGAGUUUGUGGAUCAUUACGAAUUUCCUUUUUCUGUGGAUAGAUAUAUUUGUAUAUUUUAAGAGAGUAAGAAAAUCAUAACGAGUAUGACGUUAAACAUAGUAUGGACAAAAAAAAGGUUUUAUCGUCUUCGAGUCGCUCUUUUAUACCAUUUACACCAUUUUUUAUCGUGCGAGAAGUUUUGCUCAAACCUGUCGCUGCACAGAACUUGCUGGUACACCGGAUGGAAUGUGAACAUUGUACAAUGUACAGCUAACGGGAACCAGGUAUACUAGGCCUCUGAGCAUUACUCCUAAAUGGUGUCGGAUGCCAUCAUCAAUAGUUCGAUAUGCUUUGCCUCUUAACUUUCACUCUAUCGAGUUCAGUAUUAUACGAUAUGUAUUUACAAAUGGGAUAUCAAUAAUCGAGAACUGGAAGUAGAAGUCUAUAACAGUGUGAGACAUUUAACGAGAGCACGCUAAUACUAAUGUUACUUGAGUAAGCUUACUUAAGUGAAGUAUUAAAGGACAUUUGUUAUGAAACAACAGCGACAUUAACUUUACUGUUCAUUUGUCCGUAUCGCACAAUUUGUAAUAAAAUACAUAAUUAUUUCAUUUAUUUUUAAUGUAAUAACUGUAUCGUGAAAUUAUUUACAAAAGCUUUUAUUUAAAUAUGAGUAUGUACGAUAUAUUUACUAUCUUUCGUGGAUAUAAUUUUUUGGUGAUGAAUCUGACUAAUAAAUCUAAUAAAGUGAA